GAGAAAGCAAACCCCUUUUUCUCCCUUACCCUUCUUCAUAUCCGCACCCUAUUCUCACAGCAUUUGUUCUUGCAUCUCUGGGCGGUCGAGGAGAGAGAAAAAAGUAGAGAGAUCGAGAAUAAUGUUCCACCCGAAGAAGCCAUCAAGUAUGACUUCCCACGAGCGUCCCAUGUGCGUCCAAGGCGACUCCGGCCUCGUCCUCACCACCGAUCCCAAGCCCCGCCUUCGCUGGACCGUCGAGCUUCACGAGCGCUUUGUCGACGCUGUCACCCAGCUCGGCGGCCCUGACAAGGCGACGCCGAAGACUAUUAUGAGAGUUAUGGGGGUGAAGGGUCUCACUCUUUACCAUCUCAAGAGUCAUCUUCAGAAAUUUAGGCUGGGAAAGCAGCCUCACAAGGAUUUCAAUGAUCACUCCAUGAAAGAUGGUAUGAGAGCCUCAUCUCUCGAUCUCCAACGAAACAAUGCAUCGUCGUCUGGAAUGAUGGGGCGAAGCAUGAACGAUGGCAAUAAUGCUCACAUCACUGAUGCAAUUAGGAUGCAAAUGGAAGUCAACCGAAGACUCCACGAGCAAUUAGAGGUCCAAAGACACCUUCAACUCCGAAUUGAAGCUCACGGCAAAUACAUGCAAACAAUUCUCGAAAAAGCUUGCCAAACCGUCCUCGCCGGCGACGGCUCCGGCAGCUACAACAAGUCCACCGCAACGGCCCCCGACUUCGCCCAAACCCUCAGCUUCCCCUCCCUCCAAGACCUCAACAUCUACGGCAGCAGCGAGCAUCUCGAAAGUCUCCACCACCAAAGCAUGGAGAGGGAAUCCUUCAUUCCCGUUUCCGACAACUUUCUCGGGAAAAAAAGAUCCGUCCAAUACACCACCCCCAGCUCAGGCAAAAGCCCCUUGAUCUGGGCGGACGAUCUCCGUCUCCAGGAGCUCGGGCCCGCGGACGAUCAGAUAGACUCGGUCUCGGACAUCUACGAGACCAAGCCGAUGCUGUCGGGGGAUCAUGAGAAGAAGUAUGAGGCGAAGAUGGAUCGGCCGUCGCCGCCGCGGAGGGCGGCGGCGAUCAGCGCCGGCGGGAUGCAGCAGGGGCGGAGCUCGCCUUUCGGGUGAAGUGAAGUUUUAACCCCAAAUACACAUACACAUAUUUUAAUGGAAUUAAUGCUUUUUUACUUUUUUUGGUGAUGGUAAUUUUAGUGUAUUAACUCAAUUAGGGGGCUUGGAGUUUUAAUUUAACCAUUUAGAAAAAAUGAUGGGAUGUUUGUGACAUCUUUGUUGAAUAAUUUGUAGGAUCGACCGGUGAUGUUUGAGCUUCA